CGCCCAGAACACACAUCACCACCACCACUGGCAAGAAGCAAGCAAAGCAAAGCAAAGCAAAGAAGGGGGUUGUUUGUGUUUUGCGACCAUCCAUCGAUCCAGUCAGGAAGGAAGGCAGGGCAUACCCGCACCUGCGUCGCACACACACACACACACACACACACACACGAGACGCACGACAUACACACACACACACACGACACACGUGUCGCAGCACAAGCACAAGCCGCAGCAGCAGCAGCAGCAAGCAAGCAAGUGCGGACGUCAGGACAACCAGGAUGCCCCGUGCCAUUGCCAUUGACGGCGGACUGGAGGAGUCAUCAGGGACAGACUCGUUUCGCAGGCCAAAGCCAGUGGAGGUGCCAGACCUGGAGGCCAUCUUCGAGGCAAAACGAGACGCCAUCAACUCAGAUGAACUCAAGCACUUGCUUCUUCCCCCCAAAGAUGAGAUCAAGGUGCAAGACAUUGAGCGACUGUCACGCACGAUUGACUCCUCCGUACCAGAGAACACCUACGAACAAACAAACGACCUGUUUGCUCGCAAGUGCAUCGAGUUUUACAGUGGAGGCUGGAACAUUGUCGAGCGCAAGGAUGAAGGAGAUCGCGUGCCAUCGCCAACGCUGGUCCCGCUUGUGUAUGAGUCGGACCUCAAACACGCUCACAAAUCGUCAGCGCAAGAUCUGAUGCAUGAGCUGGCAAACAUCAGCUCCAAGGAGAUUCUCAACAGCAGUCUGCUGUGCUCCCGCGCAGAGAGCAGAGACACGAGCGAUACGCCGGUCAAGGGCCAAAAGAAGGAGCCCGCUGUCAGCCUGAAGGCAAAAGCGAAGAAGCGCGUGGUUGUGUUUCGGUUCAAGACGGAGCGUGGCCCGCCCAUUCUCGAGUUUGCAAAGGACGACAAGCGUGCACACAAGGAAGAGCUUGAUCUCAGCGCCUCAAACAGCAUCGAGUAUGACGACAACAGCACCGACACGUUUGUCAUCAACUUUGACGAGGGCGCGUAUGUGUUCCAGUGCGAAGAUAUGGCCACACGUGAGAAGUGGGUCUCAACCGUUGCCGACAAGGUAAACCUGUGGCGACGCGUUGUUCCGCAGGCGAAUGGCGGUGCGGAUGUGCCCGACUCUCCGCUUGAACCCUCGCCGCAGCGGUUCUCCCUCAAGAACACCCGCGGUCCCAAAGUGGACACAAAGUCCGUGUUUCUCGAUUUGUCGCAGUCACGAUCGCCGCAGGACCGAAAGUCCCUUCGCUCGCGUCUCGCCCGCCCAGACCUGCUCGCCGUUUACCAAGUUGACGAUGCUGCGCCGCUGAGCAAACCCAUCCCGCCGCCGCCGCACAUGUCGGAGUACCUUGGACACCGCUUCGUCGUCACCUGCCAGGAUCUCACCAUGCGCAUGAACCUCUCCGCCAACGGCAGGCCCCUCAACCCGGAGCCGUUCUUCUGUUCGCUCGUGCUCUACGACAUCAGAGAGAAUUGCGUUGUUAGCGAGCGCUUCCACUUUGAUCUCAACCAACAGCGACACGGCUACUGCGAGGUGGACACGAGCGCCGCGCAUCUGGAGACACGGAGCCGGCGGGCCGUGUUCAGCGUGUCGGACCCGCACCCCGAGAUCUACCUCGUGCUCUUUGUUGAGAAGACGCUGCAGAAGGACUUCAACGCCGUCAUCGAGGCAUACAUCAGGGGUGCAGACAACCCGAAGGCAGCAGAGCGGCAGAGCAAAGCGGCCGCAGAUGCAAUGGCGCGUCACGGCGGUCAGCGCAUGCCGUUUGCAUGGGCAGCGCGACCUGUGUUCCGCUCUGAUAAGGAGCUUGACACGCGUGCUGAGUUUUCGCCGCUGUUUCGCCAGGAUCUGGAGAAGAUGCGCGAGGAAGACAUGUUCCGUGUGCUGCAUGAGUACCACCGCACCAUGGUCAAGACCAGCACGCAGGGGAAACUCAGGUUUACGAUGGUUCCCGGGGCGUUCACAGCGUCGGUCGAGCGCUACGCGUCCAACUACCCAACGGUGACCCCCUCCCUGCUGCCAGUGGCGCCGUACCCGGACAAGGAACUCGCACCGCGACGCGAGGUGAUGAGCUUCUAUCCCCGUGCCCUGCAGCACGCCCACCUCACCUACUACGACUUUCUGUACGUGUACCCGCGCUCCGUCAACUUUGCCGCCAAGCGCGUGAGCAAGAGCAGCAGUGCGCGCAAUGUGCUCUGCCGCAUCAUGCUGCUUGACACGGACAAGUUUGCGCUCGACCCAAAUCCAUCGGGCGCGCCGCUUGUGUAUGGCCGCUCCAACACGCAGCGCUACGUGUCGUACGCAGAGACCACGGUGUCGUACCACACGCGUCAGCCCACCUUCAACGAGGAGGUGAAGAUUGCGCUGCCGCCAACGGUGAGCCGCCACCACCACCUCCUCUUCACCUUCUUCCACGUGGCAGUGAAGGAGAAGAAGAAAUCCAAGACAAUGGUGCGGCUCGGCCACGCCGUCUUGCCGCUCGCCGUUGCGCUCACCACCAACCGCGCCCGCUUCCACAUGUGCGUUGCAAGCGCCUCUGCUGGCUAUGACGGCCACGAUCUACCGCCAAACUAUCUUGAGCAGAUCAAGAUGGAGGGCAAGACGCGCGACACGUAUGACAAGGAGUGCGAGCAGGAGCCGCUGCCUGGCCUGCGCUGGCUGGACGACGGCAAGCCCCUGUUUGUCGUGGACACACGCUCGCACUCAACCGUCCGGCACCACGACGACCACUUGCGCAAGUUUUUCAACGCGUGUGCACGCCACGACCGCACCACGCGCUCCGACACGGAGCUGUGCAACGCCAUCAAAGGGCUGCACGCCAUGCAGGAUGCAACGCUGUUUGGGUUUCUUCCCGUCAUCUUCAACCAGCUGCUGGAGCUGCUGCCGUCGAGUCCAAGCAACCACGACGACGUGACGGCCAACGUGAUCACGUAUCUGCUGUAUGCGGUGGGACGCAUGCCCGUGACAGCCCACGAGCGCAGCCAGCUCGUGCACCAGUAUGUUGAGCAUGUGUUCAAGACAUCUUACGACAGCACAUCCAUGCGCGCUGUGCACGACGGCCUUGCACAUCAGCUGCUGCCCAUCUUGAAGGACGGGCAGACACGCGACUCUGUUGUGCUGUAUGCGUGGUUCUUUCUCCGUCUCAUCAGCAAGAGCAUGGCCCAGUUUCUCUUUGAAACGAAAAUGCACAAGAAACCCCGCAAGAAGCGCUUUCCUCAGGUUGCGUGCAAGUUUGAUUACAUCCGCAUCAUCUGCAGUUACUCGCAGUUUGUGUCGCUCAACUUGCCGCUGUCGCCAGAGACGCUUGAUGAGUGCGUGUCUGCGUGUGAUCACACCUUCAAGCGCCGCCACUACCCGGCGUGGGUGCUCCUCAGCAACGUCACCUCCAUGCUUGACCACCCAGAUCGAAAUCUGCGCCAGCGUGCGAUUGCGACGCUGCGGAAUGUGCUGAUGCGCCACGACCGGCAGCUGACGGCAUCGUCGCGAGCAGCGCGCGAACGCGUGGCCAUGCUGUACUUUCCUGUCGUGCACAUGGUCACUGCACACAGCCAGUACCUCACAACGUCAAGCACAGCCGAGCCGCGGUCGCCGCUGCAUCUAAGCCACGACGCAACGCGGGACCUGCUUGCGUGUUUCCUGUUUGUGCUGAAGAACUACGACCCACAGCUCAUCAUCUACUACCACCGCACGGCGUUUUCGCGCUCGUUCUUUGACGUGUUGCGUCAUGCCAUUGACACGUUCCACUUCAAGGGGCGCAAGGAGAUUGUGGCGGCCAUGAUGGACGCCCCAAUUACCCACCAGCACGCAAUCAAGAUCAUUGAGGAAGGAUACACAACGGUGAAGCGGAAAGGAAGCUCUGCCAGCGGUCUGAUCGAUUGGCGAACACGCACACGCAGCGUUGUUGAUCGUCAAUCACUCUCUGCCUCCACACCAAACGGGUCCCACCUCGGCACACCCCGCAAGAAGACCAUUGAGCGGAGUGGGACGUCGCCUGUGCCGCCGCUUGAAGAGCAGUCGUCAACGACUCGAUUCCGCCUCUCCACCGUCGGCUCUUCCUCUGCACUCCAGGGCGCACUCUCCCCGCAGAAGAUUGACAAGGCGGUGCUGCAUGCCGGCCACUUCGCCAUGGAGAGCGCAUUCGUCGUCCUUGAGAUGCUCGAACUCAUCCUCCAAGACUUUCCGGACACGAUUGAGGAGCAAGACGGCAUGAACUACGUUGCGCAGGACUCGUUUGGCAUUCUGCUUGAACUCCUGCGAAAGGAGCCCAGCGACAACAUCGUGCCACACGUGUUUGCAUCCAUCAAAGCGUUUGCAGAGACCUACCCAACUGUCCUCUUCAACCCACAAGUCGACUACAACCAAGAGCUCUGCCACACGGCGCUGCGUGCGUGCAGCAGCUCCCUGCCCCGCUUGCAAAAGUACAGUGCCGUUCUGCUCUAUUUUCUCCUCAAGCAGAACAUUUCGCGCAUGACGCAAGACGUCCUCGUCUCCGUGUCCAAGAUCGCAGGCACUCUCACAGAGAGCGCGGACAAGCGGUUGCAGACGGCAAUUGACAAAGUCGCUGAAUUGGCGCAGGCAAACGCUGCGCGCAGCCAGCCCGGUUUCUCCAGCGAGGUUGAAGGGCUGAUGCGACGUGUGAGGACGGUGCUCGUGAACACAUCCAAAUUCCAACAGUACAAGAGCGAUCCCGAAACGCUUGUUGAUCUACAGUGGGACGUUGCCAACUCCUACUCCACAUCACCAGACCUUCGCCUCACGUGGCUGGAAAAGAUGGCAAGCAACCAGGCCGAGAGCAAGUGCUGGGUUGAGGCGGGCAUGUGUGUUGUGCACGGCGCCGCCAUCACCGCCCAGGUCCUCGCUGUAAGAGAUCCAAACUCCCCAUACCGUUUGAAGGACUUUGAAGCGAUUUCGCCAAACAUCAACAUGGAGCGACUGGAUGCGCUUGCUGUUGAGCAAGCAAAGAGUCUCACGUCUCCUCUCUUCACCACGCGAGAUUGGUGCACAUGGUUUCGCGUCGCCAUCUCCUGUUUCAAGCGCGCAGAAUACUACGAACUCGUCGGUGCCAAACUGUACAACCUGAUCACACCGCGAUUUGAGGAGCAGAAUCGGUACACGCUGCUCUCCGAAGCGCACAGCGAUCUGCACGAGUGCUACGAACACAUUCUCCAGGCAAACAAGAACCGCAUGCGUCACUUUGCGACGUAUUACCGCGUCAAGUUCUUUGGCGCUGCGUUUGAGACUAUGGACGGCAAGGAGUUUAUUUACAAGGAGCCGAACAUCACGCCGCUCGCAACAGUCUCCAUUCGUCUCAAGUCGCUCUACACAAAGCAUCUUGCCGGCAAGGCAGCGCUUGAGAUGAUCACGGACUCAAAUGACGUGGACGCAAGCACGCUUGAUGCAAGCAAGGCCUAUCUGCAGAUCACACACGUGGAGCCGUAUUUUGAUGAGGAGGAGCUGGCAGAACGCGCGUUUCAUUUCCACCGCAACUACAAAUUGCAGCGUUUUAUUUACGAGACGCCGUUUACAGCAUCUGGAAAAGCGCGCAGCGAAUCUGUGACGGAGCAGUGCAAACGCAAGACCAUUCUCACCCUCGCCAACUCGGCCUUCUUCCCCGCCCUCCGCAAGAGGUGCCGUCUCUAUGCAUGUCCGCACAUGUGUCUGAGCCCAAUCCGCGUUGCCAUUGAUGAGAUGACGAAGAAACUGCUCAAGAUUGAGGAAAUUGUCGAGGCAUCCAUCCCGAACCUCGUGAUGCUGCAGCUCCAACUUCAGGGCACCCUCACCUCCCAGGUGAAUGCGGGGCCGAUGCAGUACGCAGCCGAGUUUCUUGGCAAGAAGGACCAAUUCCCAAAGCGCGACAUCAGAAAACUGUCUGAUUUGUUUGAGAAACUGCUGGAGCACAUGCGCGCAGGCGUGGAGGUUCACCGCCGGCUCAUCUCGGAGGAGCAUUUAGAGCUUCAAGUACAAUUGGAGGCGGGACUGGACAGAAUGUCCGCCACGUUGGAACAGCUGAUUCCGUCCAUCCGCCAGAAGAAGCGACGCAGCAUGCGCCAGAUGCCGCAGCCCAAGGGCGUUUCGGACAAGGUGGACGAGCCAGGCAUCCACUACCUCAACCACCUCCUUGGCUGA